AUGAACUUGUUUCCUGAGGCUUCGCCUCAGCAUGACUCCUUGGGCACCUUGGGGGAUACCUUGCCGGCCACUGAUACCCAAGUUGCUGAGUCGCUGGGGAAGUCUCCAACCUAUGCUAGCUCUGAUGGGGGUAGCAAAGCUGUUGUAAGAGCCAGAGUGCAUGAGCUGCUUGCAAGUGGCCAGAUUGAUGACAGUGUGGCAGCGAAGCUCCUUGGGGAAGGUGACCGACCCACUGCAGGUGGCCAAAAGAAGCCCAUUGCUGAGGAAAAAAUCACUGGUGCAAUCAAGCUGUGCGAGCAAGAUCCUGAAAAACUCAUCAGGCGAUGCCAAUAUGGCGGUGAUGAUGAGUACCGUGUGACUGUCCGGGAAACGGGCACCAACGAGCAGCAGCAGAAAGCCUCUGAAGAAACGGGUCAAAUGGACCAAAGCUUGCUGAUGUCAAGCUGGGCAGAGUUGAUGCUGAUGCAGCACGAGAUGCUGCAGCCCGGAGUGCCCAAUGUACAGCUACGAGCGAGGGCUGUGGAAACUCUGAAAGAUGACCUCAAAGUCUUGGACUCGGAGUACAACAAGUUGUCGGAGCAAUUGGCCAAGGGAGAACGGGAUGAUCAUUCCAAGGAGUGGUCUGCAGAGUCUGAGAAGAUCCUGAAACUGUCCACCUUUACGUGCACCAAAGUGGCCGCGACCGAAGCCAAGAUUCGGUCCGCAACGCGGCACUUCAAGAAGGUGGUGGUCAAGGAUGAGGUCGCAUUGGCAAGUCAGCCAAGCGCUUCGCGGCCAAUGUUGGUGAAGGAGCCAUGUGCUCAGAAACUCACAGCGCUGGCAUGGCAAACGAGUGGGCUGAAAACACAAGUUAGUCAGUUAGUGUUGUGA